AUGGAAGCUCUUCUAGGAGUAAAACUUGGCUGCAUGAUUGGCCUGCUGGCACUCACUAUGGUCUGUGGCCUCCUGCCCAUCUACAUAAAAUGGUUCAAGAUAGAUGCAGCCACAGGUCGCCAUCGACGGAUCCUCAGCCUCUUAGGCUGCAUUUCUGCUGGUGUGUUUCUGGGAGCAGGGUUUAUGCACAUGACCGCCGAAGCCCUGGAAGGAUUCGAAGAUGAGAUGCAAAAGUUACUGAUGCAGAACAGUUCAGCAGGCGAGGAAAAUUCAGAGGCUGAUGAUUCUUCAGUUGAGUACCCCUAUGGAGAGCUCAUCAUCUGCCUGGGCUUCUUCUUCGUCUUCCUUUUGGAAUCACUGGCAUUGCAGUGUUGCCCUGGAACAGCUGGAGGAUCCACACACCAUGAGGAGGAAUGUGGGGAAAUUCGUGCCCUGAAUAUCCACAGCCGUGGACCUAAGUCCUCCUCCUCCCAGGGUCCCCUGCGGGCCCUGAUCCUCCUGCUCUCCCUCUCCUUUCACUCAGUGUUUGAAGGGCUGGCUGUGGGGCUCCAGCCAACCAUAGCAACGACAGUGCAGCUUUGCCUGGCUGUCCUGGCUCACAAGGGGCUGGUGGUGUUUGGCGUUGGCCUGCGCCUGGUACAGAUAGGGAAAAGGUCCCAAUGGGCCAUGGUCUCCAUUGUGACAUUAUCACUCAUGUCCCCCCUUGGCCUAGCAGCAGGUCUGGCGAUGGUUCAAGGGGACUCUGAAGGGGGGCAAGGCUUAGCCCAGGUGGUGCUAGAGGGGUUUUCAGCUGGCACAUUUCUUUAUGUCACCUUCCUCGAAAUUCUGCCCCGGGAAUUUGCUGGUUCCGGGAAUCCUCUGGCCAAGUGGGUCUGUGUGGCUGCUGGUUUUGCCUUCAUGGCCUUUAUUGCCCUGUGGGCCUGAGUCUGGAGCCUGACUUUCUCACAGGCAUGUCUGGAACACCCCAGAGUCUCCCAGGAGACACAUUCCAGGGGCUUGAUGUCCCUCACUGAAAUGAAGUGACUUUUAUAGACAUCUUCCUCAUGAACUGAACCCCAAGCUUUCCUCCAUGAGACCUCAUUUCUGUAUGCUAUUUGAGAACAAGGCAAUCAUAUUUAGGCUGACUACCUGUAAAUUGGGACUGUAUGAAGAACAGCCUCAGAUCUUGUUCUUUCCCGUUUGUGCCAUUUGUAAUAAAUGUCCCUUUAAACUU